CCUCUUAAAAAGGAUGUGGUUAGAGCUGUGUCCAUACAGACUGGCUACAUGGUCCAGAGCCAGGGGCCCAACCACUGUGUCCUCACAUACAUGGCGCAGCUAGAUCCACGAGGUUCAUUACCCAAGUGGGUUGUGAAAAAGUUUUCCCACUACCUUGCACCAGGCGCAAUGAAGAGUAUUAACAAAGCAUGUUUGAAGUAUUCCGACUGGAAGCAGAGACACAACCCUGGAUUGAAGCCUUGGCUCUACCCAGAACAGACUACAUUACCCAGCAUCCCACUUUCUGAGCUUAGCAUUCAGCAUGCCAAGAGCCUGGAAAAUAUUGAUGAGAGCUCCCUGGCUGAGACCAAUGACAGGGAUGACAGCUACUAAUCCAUGCACAUGCAAGUUAGACCUAGAUCAUGUAUUCAUACAUACAUGCAUAAAUGCAGGGAUACAUGCAUGCCUGAUGCACAAUUACCCGUACACUUUGUAGAUUCAUUCACACACAGACACACAAUGAUUGUAUACCUCUUCAUGCUCACAGCAUAUUGUGUUGGAGCAUUCAGAUGCAAAUGCACAUUUCAAAAAGUCAGCUCCAGUUUUUCCCUACAUAAUGCAUGCAUACAUACUUUCCCUAUGUCGGAUGCACUCACAGCUGCACAGUCACUUGCAAUGGACUGCAAGUAUUUUUUACAACUUAAGAAAUAUUGGUCGAAUAUCUACAAAUGCAAGUGGCCCGUUAGUUUUCAAAUCAGAUUGUGAUGGUAAAUCUUGGCAAAUCUACAGGAUAGAUGUUUAUAUGUUAGUGGCUUUCGAUUACACCUCAGCAAAACAAUGUAUUUAAAACUGAUAUUCCUCCACAGUUUGCAAAAAUGGAGUUCAUAUUACAAUAGUUCAAUGUGUUCACAAAAAAGAUUUACAGAUUUGCUUUCAUUUGUAUGUCUCUGUAACAUGUUUUCAGUUGUUUUGUAAACACACAAUAAAUAUGCAGGUGCACAGAAAGCAGCUGAAGCUCAUGACAAAACUCAAAGAACAUAAUUUCUUUACUUGUGAGGACUCUGAUGUCUUGCCCCAAAUUGUAAUCCAAGCAUAAUUACAAUUUGCAGACUGCAGAAAAGCAGUGGGCUGUCCUCUGAUGUGGAAGUGCCUUAUACCUGCAAUCUUUCCAAUGGCCAGCAGAGAGAGACUCCACAUGUUCCAAAAAUGUAAAAUGAUCUGUGCUCAAAAGCCCAACGUGGUUUAAAGAUGUUCGACAAGCAAGUGAGAGAAUAGCAUUGUGUCUAUCCAAUGAGUAAUAACUAUGUUUAAUGCUCAACUACUGCCAGUUUGUGAAGACCAGCUAAAAAGUAUCCCAACUGUAGGGAAAAAAUAUA